AUGAACUUGCAAAACAACUGUGCAUCUGACGAGCAGGUCUCUUCUCACGCCACUACAAGCAACUUCAACCAAAUCAUCAACUCAACCACAUCGUCAAGUGAAGAGAUUACAGGGUCAGGUUCAGGUUCAGGUUCAGGUUCAGGUUCAGGUUCAGGUUCAAGACAUGCCACACCAGCCAUGUCAAGACAAUCAUCUCCAUCUAUACUACCGUCUCACUCGUCUAUCAAAUCCACAAUUAUCACAGACUCUGCCCCAAAUAAUUUGAAGGCACAAACACUUGUGCCGUUGUCUCCGCCAUCCAACCCUAGUUCAAAUUCACCAGUGUCUAACAUCCCCAACCAAGAUGUUUCAGUGGUUACUCCAUUUUUAGUGAAACAUAUCAGUGAUCAAAGCCUAAUACCAAAAGAUAACUUUCACAAGUACUGCUAUCGUCAUAACCCAGAUAUAACUUGUAACAAGCAAACGGAUGAAGUAAAGAUGAAAAAAUUACAAGAGAAACUAGAAGACUUACCCAAUAGAGAUCAAGAAGCUAUCAGUCAUGUUUGGUCUAUUUUCAGUGCUGCCCCAGAACAUCAUCGUAAAUUGAUUUUACAAGGUAUUUUAACGCAGUGUUGCUUCCCCCAAUUGUCAUUUGUUUCACAAGAAGUGGCAUCUUUAAUUAAAAUUGAUUUUAUUUCAACUUUACCACAAGAAAUUGCUUUGAAAAUACUUUGUUAUUUAGAUUGCAAUAGUCUUUGUAAUGCGGCACAAGUGUCACGGAAAUGGAAAACAUUAGCCGAUGAUGAUCGAGUUUGGCAUCACAUGUGUGAGCAACACAUCGAUCGUAAAUGCCCAAAUUGUGGUUGGGGACUUCCCUUGAUGCACAUGAAGCGAGCAAGAGAUAUGACUGAGGAAGAGAUCAAACCAAUUAGACGAAAUGAAGAUGCUGCAAGAGAAGCAAGAGAAGCCAACGAAACUGCAUCACAACAGGGGCAAUCGGUUGUUACACAACGCACACCAGAUGAGCCGGAGCGUAAAAAAGCCAAAGUUGAUUCAAAACCAACUACCACUUCCCCACUACUCAAGAAACGCCCUUGGAAAUCGGUUUACUCAGAGAGGUUUAAGUUGGAAAAGAACUGGCGCAAAGGAGUUUACAAGAUGAAGUCUUUUAUUGGCCAUAAGGAUGGUAUUACUUGUUUACAAUUUAACCGAAAAUAUCUAAUGACCGGCUCAUAUGAUUCGACAAUUAAAAUAUGGAAAGUUGAAACUGGUGAAUGUGUCAAGACAUUAACUGGUCAUACCAAAGGUGUACGGUCAUUAGUAUUUGAUAACCAGAAAUUAAUCACUGGUGGAUUAGAUUCGACUAUCAAAGUAUGGAAUUAUCACACAGGUCAAUGCAUUGCCACUUAUAGAGGACACGAUGAUGCUGUUGUUUCAGUCGAUUUUUCAAACAAGUCCAUCGUCUCGGGAUCAGCUGAUGGCACUGUUCGUGUUUGGCACGUUGAUUCAAGAACAUGCUAUACAUUGCGUGGUCAUACUGAUUGGGUCAAUUGUGUCAAGAUCCACCCGGGCUCAAAUACAAUAUUUAGUGCUAGUGACGAUACAACUAUUCGAAUGUGGGAUAUGAAUACCAAUCAAUGUCUCAUGACUUUUGGUGGCAUGGAUAAUAAUGGUCAUAUUGGACAAGUGCAGUGUGUGAUUCCAUUGACUUAUAAAGAGGAUUUGAUCGAGGAUGUAAGUGAAGGCGAAAGUGAACAAGAGCAAAGCGAUAGGGUAAGGCAACAACAACAACAACUGCAGCUUCACGCACAUCAACCUGAUGCACUGUCAUCACCAACGCAUCAAUUGCCAUCUUCUUCACAACAUCAACCACCAACAAACUUGGGCACCGCCUCUUCUUCCUCCUCUUCAUCGGUACGCAGUUUGGUUCCGGCAACAAACUCAUUCCCGACCCAUAUUCUCACUUCGUCCCUUGACAACACCAUCAAGCUAUGGGAUGUGACAACCGGGAAAUGCAUCCGCACCCAAUUCGGCCACAUUGAAGGCGUAUGGUCAAUUGCUGCCGACACAUUUCGAAUCAUUAGUGGAGCUCAUGAUCGCAUGAUCAAAGUAUGGGACUUACAAAAUGGAAAAUGUUUGCAUACGUUUGGUAAUGCUGCCAGUGUAUCUUGUGUUGCUUUGAGUGAUUCCAGGUUUGUGUCGGGAUUGGAAAAUGGCGAAGCAAGAAUGUAUUGCUUUGAUUAA